AUAUUAGACUAAAAUUAGUUGACUAUUUUUAGCUACGGACACACACAGAUAUGUCCAAGGUCAUCACUGUCAACUUGUUCAUAUCACGAUCAUUUGGAGGUCUAAUAUGAAUUCAUUUUGUAGGAGACGUGAUGUGAAUUCAUUUGGUCCAGGCACGUGGAUGUUAAAAAAACCAUUCAUUAUUAGUGAGGGGAAUGUAGUUGAUUUGGAUGCAUUAAGAGGCAGCUCAUUUUUCUUGUCUAUAUAUUGUUUAUUGUUCAAAUGAUUCUAAAAACACAUAGCCUUUAGUAUCUUACUUUUGAUUCCUGAAUCCUUAAUUGAAACCUACAAUAGAGCAAAAAAUAAAUUCUUCAAGUUAAAUGGGGCUUCCAGGCUUGUGCCUGAGCAUAUUAUGGUCACUUCACAAUGUUCACAUUCAUUUUACCCUUGUAUGCUGCUUAAGCAUGCUGAUUUCAGGCUUUCGUGCCACUUUAGCUGCCUCCAGUCUAAUAGGGCCUGACACGGAUCGACUUUCAUUGCUUGCCCUGAAGGCAAAAAUAGUUGAGGAUCCUCUCCAGGCUAUGACCUCCUGGAAUGAAUCAAUCCACUUCUGCCAGUGGCAAGGUGUUACAUGUGGUCACCUCCAUCAGAGGGUCACCGCAUUAGACCUACAGUCCCAGAAACUGGUAGGGUCCAUAUCACCAUACAUUGGUAAUCUGAGCUUUCUAAGAGUAUUACAGCUCCAGAGCAAUAGCUUCAGUCAUGAGAUUCCCCCAGAAAUUGGCCGUUUGCAAAGAUUGCAGAAUUUGAGCCUGAACGAUAACUCAAUUGGUGGAAAAAUUCCUGCCAAUAUAUCUGGGUGCUCUAACCUCAUUUUCUUGAAUAUUUCUUACAACAAACUUGCAGGAGAAGUUCCUGUAGAGUUUGGCUCCUUGUCAAAGCUCCGGACUGUAAUUAUUCAUGAUAACAGUUUGACAGGAAGCCUCUCUCCUUUUGGGAAUUUAUCAUCUCUUGAAUCACUUUCUGCAGCAGAAAACAAAUUUUCUGGGACUAUUCCUGACAGCUUGGGACAAUUGAAAAAUCUUCAAUAUCUUGCACUUGGUAUAAAUAGGUUGUCUGGUACCAUCCCUCCUUCAAUCUUCAAUUUCUCUUCUAUUACAAUGCUUGAUGUGACUACUAACCAAAUCCAGGGGAGCCUUCCUAGGGACUUGGGCAUCACACUUCCAAAUCUCCAGUCCCUCAAUAUUGGUGAUAACCUGUUUACCGGAUCCAUUCCAGCUUCAAUAUCGAAUGCGUCAGAUCUCCAAUCCCUCAUAUUGGUGCAAAACAAUCUUACUGGUAAAGUUCCUAAUUUGGACAAGCUGCAUAAACUUGAGUGGUUAAGCAUUUCAGACAACCAUCUAGGAAGUGGUGAAGCUGAUGACUUGAGCUUUCUUUCUUCUUUGAUCAAUGCCACAAAUUUGCAGGUAUUGGCUGUGAAUAUGAACAAUUUUGGAGGGAUGUUGCCAGAUUCAAUUGGUAAUCUCUCAGCCGGAAUUUCAGUAUUAUAUGUAGAUAACAAUCUGAUAUAUGGAAGCAUCCCAGCUGGGAUAGGGAAUAUUGUCAACUUGGAGAGUUUAUAUAUGCAGGUUAACCAAUUCACAGGUAACAUUCCUCCUGAUAUUGGAAAGCUUCAAAAGCUACAAGAAUUGAAUCUCAUCAAGAACAGAUUAUCAGGAAACAUCCCGUCCUCCCUAGGAAAUCUGAGUUUGUUAAACAGACUCAUUUUAGGACGUAAUAAUCUGGAGGGCAGCAUCCCUCCAAGUCUGGGGAACUGCAAAAAUUUGAAGUUGUUGUUUCUUGCUGAAAACAACCUUAGUGGUACCAUACCCCAGCAAGUUAUAGGUCUCUCAUCCUUGUCUAUAUCUGUAAACCUAUAUCAAAAUCAAUUGACUGGUUCCCUGCCCAUGGCAGUUGGGAAUUUGAGAAAUCUCGGCAAAUUGGAUAUUUCUGACAAUAUGCUAUCCGGUGAAAUUCCUUCCACUAUUGGUAGCUGUGUAAGUCUGGAAACUCUAUCUAUGAGGGGCAACUUUUUCAGAGGGACUAUUCCUUCUUUGACUUCUUUGAGAGGUAUGCAAGUGUUAGAUCUUUCGCAUAACAAUUUGUCUGGCGAAAUUCCAAAGUACUUGGAGGGCUUUGAAGGUUUACAAAGUUUGAAUCUAUCUUUCAAUGAUUUUGAGGGUGCAGUACCAGAACAGGGCAUAUUUAAUAAUGCAAGUGCAAUAUUGGUUGCGGGGAACAGUAAGCUUUGUGGUGGUUUACCUGAAUUACAGCUGCCUGAAUGCAACUUCAAAGGAUCUAAAAAGAAGAGAUCGACUCUUACCACAAAACUAGCAAUCUCUCUAUCUUGUGCGCUUGUAGGACUAACUUCCAUUGUGUGUUUUUUGUAUAUUUGUUGGGUUAGAAGGGCGAAAAACAGAAAUAAUCCUUCUUCAGGAUCAUUAGAAAAUUCGCUCUUUACAGUGUCCUAUCGAAGUCUCGUGAAAGCUACUGAUGGGUUCUCUCCAACCAAUUUAAUUGGUGUGGGCAGUUUUGGGUCCGUGUACAAAGGAACUCUUGAACAUGAUGGAACAAUCAUAGCUGUGAAGGUAUUUAACCUUUUGCGUCGAGGAGCUUCCAAGAGUUUCAUAGCAGAGUGCGAGGCCUUGAAGAACAUCAGACAUCGGAAUCUUGUCAAGGUGCUAACUGCUUGUUCAGGAACAGAUUUUCAAGGAAAUGAUUUCAAGGCCUUGGUUUAUGAGUUCAUGGUUAAUGGAAGUCUCGAGGAGUGGUUGCAUCCAAACCAAAGAGAAGGUCCGGAAAUUGAUGAGCCUAGGAAGUUAAACCUUCUUCAGAGAUUAAAUAUUGCCAUUGAUGUUGCUUGUGCAUUGGAUUAUCUUCACAAUCAGUGUCAAACACCAAUAGUACACUGCGAUCUCAAGCCGAGCAAUGUUCUUCUGGACACUGAAAUGACCGGGCACGUUGGUGACUUUGGGUUAGCAAGAUUCCUUCCAGAAGCCAUCCAUAGCUUCUCCACAAGCUCUAUUGGAGUGAGGGGAACUAUUGGUUAUACUGCUCCUGAGUAUGGUAUGGGAAGUGAGGUGUCGAUAUCUGGUGAUGUAUACAGCUUUGGCAUCCUCCUGCUGGAAAUGUUCACCGGAAAGAGACCCACCGAUGACUUUUUCCAAGAUAGUUUAAACCUUCAUACCUUUGUAAAAGCAGAUUUGCACGACAGACUGUCUGAGAUCGCAGAUCCAUUUCUGCUUCAGGAAAGAGGAGAAGAGGAGAUGAGCACGGAAAGUAGAAAACGCCAAAAGGAUCAGGAGUGCUUGAUUGCCAUAUUUGAAAUCGGAGUUUCUUGUUCUGCAGAAUUCCCAAGAGGACGAAUGAAAAUUAAUGAUGUUGCAGCUGAAUUGCAUUCCAUCAGGGACAAUCUUCUUGGAACUUGUAUACAUGGAAAGAGAUGAAUUAUGUUAUAGAGGUAAUAUUUUUGUAUUUAUGACCAGUUCGUGUAUAAACUUGUAUAUAGUUUGUAAUCUCAACAUAUCUGCACCGGAUCAGCAAAUUCUGUGUUCCACGUCAGGUGAAAACUUUUCUUAUUAUUAGUAUUUUAAAUUUGAUAAAUAGAAUAGGUUUUUUUUUUUUUUUUGGAAAUUGAAUAAACUUGUUAUCUUCUAUAGAUAAUUUGGAA